AUGGGCGACGAAGAAUUAAAUUCUAGUAAAACAUGUGAUAAAAAGAAACAUAAUGUUGUUAUAAUUGGGGCUGGUAUGGCCGGCUUAGCCGCCGCCAAUUACCUUAUCAACAAUGGGAUGGAAGACUUUAUCAUAAUAGAAGCAAGAAAACGAAUAGGUGGUCGAAUUAUUUCAAUACCAAUGAAGAAUCAUAGAGUAGAAUUAGGAGCAAAUUGGAUACAUGGCGUUCUUGGUAAUCCCAUAUAUGAACUGGCCACAGCUAAUGGACUUGUCAAUAUCAUUAAUGUACCAAAACCGCAUAAGGUUAUAGCGGCGACAGAGGAUGGCAAGCAGGCACCUUUCAAUGUUCUGCAGGAAAUUCAUGAGGCAUAUGUUUGUUUUUUGCGCAGAUGCGAAGAAUACUUCUUGUGUCAGUAUUUGCCACCUCCAGACAUUAACAGUGUGGGUGAGCAUAUAAAUCUAGAAGCUACAAUAUACUUAGAACGCCUGCCAUCGUCUGAAGAAAAGAAACUCCGUCGGUUGAUCUUCGAUUGUCUUUUAAGAAGGGAAACAUGUAUUUCUGGGUGUAAUUCUAUGGAUGAAAUUGAUCUCUCAGAACUUGGUAGUUAUACAGAAUUACAGGGUGGUAAUAUAUUAAUACCCUCUGGGUACAGUAGUCUUUUACAAUUGAUGACAAAAAAUAUUCCAUCUGAGAAAAUAAUAUCAAAGUGCCCAGUGAAAAAAAUUAACUGGAACUCAAAUGGUAAUUCUGAUGAUUUAGGAGAAGAAUCAGAAGAUUCAGAUCAAACUGUGAUAGAGGAUGUUUCUAAGGCAUCAAAUAAUGAUAAGAUAACUAAGUUGCAAGUUAAUGUGGAAGAAAAGCCAAAGAAGAGAUCAAACUAUGUAGAAGUACAAUGUGACAAUGGAGAAAGUUAUUAUGCUAAUCAUGUUAUAUGCACAAUACCCUUGGGAGUGCUUAAAGAUCACGCAGCAACAUUAUUUGAUCCUCAGUUACCACAAUACAAAAGGGAGUCAAUAGAACGACUAUUAUUUACCCCUGUUGAUAAAAUUUAUUUAGAGUAUGAUAGACCUUUUCUGAAUCCUGACAUAACAGAAAUUAUGUUGUUAUGGGAUAACUCAGGUUCCCAAGAAAGUAUGGCUGAUUCAUGGUACAAAAAGAUGUAUUCUUUUACUAAAGUAAGUGAGACCCUAUUGUUGGGUUGGGUUUCAGGUAAAGAGGCUGAAUAUAUGGAAACUCUUUCCAUGGAGGAAGUAGGAAUAACAUGUACUAAAAUUUUGAGGAAAUUUUUAAAUGAUCCCUUUGUCCCUGAACCAAUAUUAUGUGUGUGCACAAGUUGGAACAAACAGCCUUACACACGAGGUGCAUAUACUGCCAUCGCAGUAGGGGCAAGUCAAAGCGACAUUGAGAGCUUAGCACAACCUUUGUUUAGAAAUGCAAGAGAUAAAAAGCCAGUAUUACUGUUUGCGGGCGAACAUACACAUAGCAGCUUCUAUUCCACUGUGCAUGGAGCUUUUUUGUCUGGUCAAACUGCAGCAAAAAGGGUGUUGAGCCCAGAUGUGUCUGGUGAGAAUCAAUUGGAAUGUCCUGGUUCUGCAGAUUUGCAAGCUUGGAUACAAGGCAUUCAGAUAAACGGGUAA